AUGGUCCCACCAUCAUAUGCUGAUCUUGGAAAGGCUGCUAGAGAUCUUUUUAACAAAGGACAUUAUGUCGGAAACCUUAAAGUUGAUAUAACUAAUAAGUCUGGAUAUGAUAAAGAGUAUGAAUCUAAAAUUUGUGCUUCUCACGAUCUUACAUCUGAAACUUUGGUAGGAAACUUUGACUGGAAAUGGAAACUUCCAGAACAAAAGAUUACUUUUACUGAAAAAAUUACUUCUAAAAACACAUUAACAAGUGUUGUUGAGAUUGUUGAUUUACUUGCUAAAGGAUCCAAGGUUACUUUAGAAGGUGGUUUCAAUUUAAAGAAUAACUCACGUAGUGCUAACAUGAAGACCGAAUUUGCUAAACCAAAUUUCAAAUUUAACUCAAAUGUUUCUCUUCUUGGAAAUCCAGUUCUUGACGCAUCUGCUGUCUAUGAUUUACAAAAUACUCUUGUUGGUGUUCAAACUAUUUUUGAUCUUGGAAAUAGCCAAGUAAAAUCUACUAAUGUUACUCUUUCUAAAGUUACUCCAGAUUUUGCUUUAACUGCUUUCUUUAAUAAUGGAAGUGUUGCUGGAGCUUCUAUUUUCCAAAAAGCUUCACCAACACUUGAUUUAGGAGUUCAAGUCAGUUAUAAAUUUGGAGAAGGAAAUACCACUUAUGGACUUGCUGCUAAAUAUGAUGUUGCUUCAGAUCUUACAUUGAAAGGAAAAGUCAACAAUGCUUCCGAUGUUGUUCUUUCUGCUACUCAAAGACUUAGCAAGGAACUUGCUGUUACCGGUUCUACUCAAUUUUCUCUUCUUUCUUCUAAGAAUGGAGAAAACAAACUUGGUUUUGGAAUUGAAUACAGUAUCUAA